ACAGUCUGUACACAAUAUAACAUCUCUAAUAUAGUUACUUUUCACUUUCACAGGAAGCUACAUGCUGUGAGACAAGCUAAACAGGAGUUCAGUCAGAAACUUACUCCAACCUUCUCUGGGCUAAUCUAUUGUAAACAUGAGGCGGUGACUUGAGGACAUUCGGUUUUUGCUGUUUGUCUUUUACCACAGUAAGUUAAACUGAUAGCCGAGGCAGUGAAGACUUAUGAAUCACAAAGAAUGAAGAGACAGCUUCAUAAUUUACAGUAACACAAACAAAUGGGAUUAAGAAAAUCAGAAAUGAACCUUAUAUGGAUUAUUUUUUUUACCCUCAAGAUGGCUAUGUGGUCAGUGUUUCCUGAAGUGGCAGACUCAUCAAAUGCCAGCAACCUUUCAUAUACUUGCCAACUACCAAAUUCUACAUUUGUUUCCAAUGAAUCGAGUUAUAUAGACUCAUCAAAUGCCAGCAACCUUUCAUAUACUUGCCAACUACCAAAUUCUACAUUUGUUUCCAAUGAAUCGAGUUCUAAAGAUCCUUCCUUUGAAACGUCAGCAACUACAAGUCCAUCUGUUUUCAACAAGCUACAAAAUGAAAAGACUCCAUACAUAAUUCUGGGUUCAGUCAGUGCAAUAUUUCUACUGAGUUUGGUUCUGUUCAUCUUCAUUUACACAAAACAUCUAGAAGUAUUACGAAACUGCUGCAAAUCAAGAAUACCUUCCAGAAUUGUAUCCAUACCCAUGACAACAACAAAUGAUGAUUUGGAGCCAUAUGCCAGUUAUGUCAAUAAGGUGAAUACCAUCUACUCCACGGCAGGUGAAGCCAGAGAGUCAGGGAUUUCUUGACAUACAUUAAUUUUAAAUCAUCUGUCACCAUUUAAACAACAGACUUCAUUCUCCAGCUUGCUAAUUCUCUGUGAUUAAGCAGGUCUGUAGAGAUCUGAAACUUGUAUGAGCCUCUGCUGUCGGCAUAACUACUGCACAGCCAGCCAUAUGCCUGAUGGAUUUCAAGAGUAUAUUUAUUGCACGGAAAGUCAAGUCCCGUGGUGAGGUCAUUAUUUUACAGAUUGUGCUGCAGGAACAGCAUGACAUUGAAAAUGAUGCACAUUCUCGACUCAUUUUUACUUCUCUGUUCCAUGUCUAAAUCAAGAAGAAACCAAUAAAAUAUGAAUAAAAUAAUAAAGUAAUUCUUUAAGAAAUGGUAUGUAUACUGCCAUCAGACUUUUUCAUCACGUACCAAAAUGUACUAUUAUUACACUACACUAUACUUACACCAUCCAGUACAAUUCUCCUGGAUUUACUGCAGAUUUCUACAGGUGCAAAGCCUUGCAUUUUUGACUCUGUGAUCUAUAUUUCUGUAACACGUAGUAGUUCUGCACUAUGUUGUUGUCUUCAUUUUUUGAAUAAUUGUUUGGAUUUCAGAAAAUAAUAAAAUGACCAUUGCUACAGUCUG